CACUCUCUACCAGAUAACACGAGUACUACUAUUUUGGACAGAAGUUAAUUUAAAUUCAUUAAAUUCUGAUAAUUCAUUUGUAUUUCACGAUGUGUUCUGUUGUUUUUAUAGAUAUAUUUUGAAGAACGAAACUAAACACUUAGCCAAAGAGCCAAAGAGGCAGCUAAUCUUUGCGCUGAAACAAUAGAUUUUUACCUAACAUUUAAUUCAACUAAAAAUUGAAGGAAAAUUUGCAAUAGUUGAAUGUCCGUAAAUCGAUGAAUAAUUCACUGAAAUUCCUGAAAAAGUACCAAAAAAUGUUCGAUUGGAACCAAUUUUAUGUAUAUGGUGUGUUAUUUCAUAAUAAUUCGAAAUGAAGUCAUGACAAUAUUUGUGGAUGCAUUGUUAUUGGAUAACCCUGUUUUUUCUUUGUAGUAUGACGGGAGAUCAAACUGUUACAACAGUAACAUCAACAUGGCUUAACUCUUUCAUAAAUAAUAAUUUCAGUAUCUCUUCAAUGAUUGGAAAAACUAGCAUCGUUUCAUCUCAUCCUGGCCAUGUCAUUUCUUCAGAAGUUCCACCAUUAACAGAAAAAUAUCUGAAAAAUCAACUUCAGAAUGGAACGUUUGAGAGAGGCGGUGUCAUUCAAUUUCCCAUUCAUUCAAACCAUUCCGAGGAUAAUACUUUUAAAGAAACUUCUGUGAUAAAUGAAAAUAUUACUCAUAAGUUUUCAAACAUGUCAGACAAUCAAGUUAAUGCAAAUUUCCCAACUGAUUUCAAUGGUACAGAUAUAAACAUGACAUACAUUGAAAAUGCAACAAGGUAUGAAAAAAGCUGGCUUCUCAAUACCAAGCAAAUGAAUGUUCCAGUAAAGAGUGGACCGAUGGAUAUGUCAUCACUAGAAAUUAUAGGCAUAUUUUUAUGUUGUGUAUUUUUAAUUGCAAUAUUUUGCUCUAUUGGUUACUUCCUCUAUAAUAACAGAGGAUUCAAUAGACCAGAGGUACUGAAUGACCAUUGCAGUAAUCCCGAUUCAAGUGGAUAUCUGGAUGAUACUUCAGUAAGAGAAAAUUCAGAAGAGAUGUACAGUUUGGAUAAUGACUCCUUCCUUAAUAGCUUAGAAGCAAUGACUAUACAAAACUAUUGGACAGAUACAGUGAAACACACCAAGUUAUAGAAUGAUUUUAUUAAUAUUCUGUUGGCAGGUUUCACAAUGAAUCAUACUCGUACAUAUGAGAAAUGAAGAUCAUAAAAUGCUCUUGAUAAUAACAUCACGGUAAUUGUUCAAAUGAAGUUCAUAGCUUAUUAGAUUAUUUAUCUAGUUAUAGUACUUAAAACGUUUAAUUCAAUUUAAAGUAAUAUAGAAGGUGGCAGAUUGAAAUGAAAGGCACUUUUGUUCUUGAUUGAUGAAAUACUGCAUUUUCGCUAGAUGGUCACUGCCUAUGGAGAAGUAGUUGGUCAUGUGAAAUCUGCCUCAAAUAUUUAGGAUCUGUGAUUCAUAUCAUGAGGAAAAUAAUAAUAUUCUUUAUGUUUUGACUUUUAAGUUAACCAGAGUACAAAUUUGCAUGUGGAGUGAUAAUAAAUUUGUUGGCGCUCCAUUUGUCAUUCAAAUAUUCAUUCUUUCUCAAUUAGUCUAAGGAUGGAAGCAAUAAUAUGUCUAAAAUUUUUAUGAAUCAGUGUAUUUUAGAAAAAAAAUUAUAGUUGUAUAUUUUUUUCUUCCA